AUGAAAAGGCGGCACUAUCAGUCUGGCGCAGAGAAGAGGAAGAAGAGGAAAGAAGAUAAGAAAAGAAAAGAUCAAGAAAAGGGCCUACUUACAGCUGGUGAAAAUGCAGCAGCUACCUCCUCCUCACAUGACAGUCUUGGCCCUGUCUCAGCCUACAUUGGUCUUUUUUCCAGCUUAUCUGUUGCCUCCACCACAUCCUCCAGUGCAGCUGACAUUACCUCUUCCUCCAGUGCUGUUGCCUCCACCACAUCCUCCAGAGCAGCUGACAUUACCUUAACCUCCAGUGCUGUUGCCUCCACUACAUCCUCCAGAGCAGCUGACAUUACCUUAACCUCCAGUGCUGUUGCCUCCACUACAUCCUCCAGUGCAGCUGACAUUACCUUAACCUCCAGUGCUGUUGCCUCCACUACAUCCUCCAGAGCAGAUGACAUUACCUUAACCUACAGUGCUGUUGCCUCCACCACAUCCUCCAGUGCAAUCACAGAAGGAGCUUUCUGCUCUGCAAAUGUCUCAGCUGUUUCAAGAGAUCCAGCUGACUGGCCUGAGGUCUUGUCAGGUAAAGAGAGGGCUGGUUUAGUUAUUAGAGGACCAAGCGAUUUAAAUCCUAACUUUAAAUUUCCAAAAAGACAAGACGGAAGAAGCUUUCAUUUCCAUUACAAGUUUCGGCUCCUCACUAAUGGGGAAAAAAUCCAACGUACAUGGCUUGUUUACUCCAUGAAAAGUGAUGCUGUUUUUUGCUGGUGUUGCAAAUUGUUUUCAAAGGGCUCUUCAAAGCUAAUCACAGAGGGACAGCGUGAUUGGACUAAUAUUGGAGCAAUCCUUAAACAACAUGAAAACAGCCCUGCACACAUAAAAAGUGUGGUGUCAUGGAAAGAGCUUGAACUAGGUUUAAAAAAGGGACAAACAAUUGACCACACACAACUAACCCUCACAGAGGCUGAGAAGAGACGUUGGCGUGAGGUUCUCAUUCGACUGAUUGCAAUCAUUAAGUCUCUUGCAGAGCGAAACCUCGCUUUUCGGGGCUCUGAAGACAAAUUAAUGGUACCCAACAAUGGCAAUUUUUUAAAAGAGGUUGAGCUCAUGGCUAAGUUUGACCCUGUGUUAAGAGAGCAUAUCAGACUAGCUGACAAGCAAGGAAACCACACAACCUAUCUUGGCAAAACAAUACAAAAUGAACUAAUCUCCUGCAUCGGUGAUCAACUGGUCAAAACAAUGGUGGCUGGCAUUCAAGAGUCAAAGUAUUUUUCUAUCAUCUUAGACUGCACACCAGAUGUCAGCCACACAGAGCAAAUGUCUGUGGUGGCCAGAACUGUCAGUCUAGAAAAAGGGCCAGAGAUAAAGGAGUACUUUCUUGGGUUCUUAGAUGCUCCUGACUCCACCGGCGCUGGAUUGUCUUCUCUUAUCUUAAAAAGACUGGAGGAGCUUGGCAUACCAUUUAGUAAUUGCAGAGGCCAGUCUUAUGACAAUGGAGCCAACAUGAGGGGCAAAAAUAAAGGAGUGCAAGCUAGACUCCUUGAGAAAAAUCCACGUGCACUUUAUGUUCCUUGUGGAAGCCACACUCUUAAUUUAGUUGUUGCAGAUGCAGCUAAAGAGUCAAUAGUUGCAAUUAACUUCUUUGGAGUUGUACAGAAGCUGUUCACUCUCUUUGCAGCUGCACCGCAACGAUGGGCCAUUCUCAAAGAUCAUGCUGACAUCACUUUAAAAAGCUGGAGUGACACCAGAUGGGAAAGUCGGGUGAAAAGUAUUGAGCCGUUGCAGCACCAGCCAGAGAAGGUGAGGGAGGCUCUUUUACAGGUCAGGGAGAACACUAAAGAUCCUACAGUUAGGAUUGAAGCCCAGUCACUCGCGGAAGAAAUUGGUUCCUUCAGAUUUCAAAUCUGUCUUGUUGUCUGGUACAAUAUUCUGAGAAAAAUUAAUGUCACAAGCAAACUGCUUCAAUCUGCUACCAUGCAGCUGGAUGUUGCUGUAGAUCUCAUCCAUCAGACAAAAGCUUCUCUCGUGAGCUACAGAGCUACUGGCUUUAAUGAUGCAGUCAAGAAAGCAACUGAAAGGUGUGAGGAAAUGAAUGUUCAAGCAUUGCUUAAGGAGAAGAGGCUAAGAACCAUGAAGAGACACUUCAGUUAUGAAGCAGCUGCAGAGCCAGAGUCCAGUGCCCUAAAAAAAAUGGAAGUUUCAUUCUUCAAUGUUGUGGUGGAUUGUGCUACCCAAACACUGGAAGACCGUUUCAGCUCCAUGGGUAAGGAAGUCACCGUCGACGUGACAGGCGUUUCAUUGAAGUAUAUACGAGCUCCUAAACGCCGCGGAGACUCAAGCGGUGCUACGCUGACGGGGUCUUUGGAAGUCACCGUCGACGUGACAGGCGUUUCAUUGAAGUAUAUACGAGCUCCUAAACGCCGAGACUCAAGCGGUGCUUCGCUGACGGGGUCUGUGGUGCACUGCUGUGGUGCUUCCAUGCUCUCUAAUGCCGUUAUACUGCCGAGGCUUGGUAUUUGUGACAACUGA